ACUUCGUGCUAUGAACGAUGUAAGUGUGCGGGCAGAAUAGGAAUGUUCCAGAUGCGCGGGAAAAUGUGUAAUGAAGAACAGAGUUCGACGGUCGCGGAGCGCGAGUCGGCGUUAGAAGAGAGCGAGAAAAUAAAGUUGUACGAGGGAGAACGCGUGGAGACGUGGCUGCUGACGUGCAGAUGCACGAGCGUGUCGCUGAAUAUGGAUUUGGAGGGGCGCAUGUGUUUGACGAGCUACAGGAUAUGGUUUAGCUCGUUUGCGGGGAGAGAGACGAUAACGAUACCGAACUUGUGCGUGUCGAGUUACGCGCAGCAGACGGAGCCGGCCUUUCAGACGCUGCCGUUCGUCACGGGGGCGCCGUCGGGUCCGAGGGCGGGGUAUGCCGUUGAGGUGUACACGAAGGACGUGCGUCGGUUUCGGUUUUUAUUUUGUACGGCGGAAGAGAGAGAGAAGCUGGUGCGACACAUAAAGAGUCGCUCUUUCUUCGUGAGGCACCAGUCGAACCCGCCCAUAUUUUGCUACAGUCUCGGAGAGAGCAGGAAGCUGUCGACGCUGCCGAACGGGAAGUCGUGGAGAUACGAUCCGGUGGCGGAGUACGAGAGGCUGGACGAGCUGUCUGGGUGGAAGAGGUGGUUUGAAUUGACGGAAAACGAGGUCGGUGGUCGGUUGUACGGGAUUUGCGAGACGUACCCGUCGAGGUUCGUGGUGCCGAGGUCGGUGGGGCUGGCGGAGGUGAUAUCGUCGAGCAAGUUCCGGAGUUCGGAGAGAGUGCCGACGACAGUGUGGAUAAACGGGAGGAACGGCGCGACGUUGUCGAGGAGCGCGCAGCCGCUGUCCGGACUGAGGAGGGGCAAUGAAGGAGACGAGAAGUUGGUGAGGGCGAUUUGGGAGGCGAACCCAGGGUACGGGCGAAGGCAGGCGGGGCGAUGUCGCGCCGACGAGCGCACAGAGAAAAUCGAAGAGUGUGUAGACGAGUAUGGAGAGCGGGACAGAGUGCCCAUGUAUAUUAUAGAUGCGAGAUCGCUGACGGCUGCUAUUGCCAACAUCGUUAAGGGUGGUGGGUACGAGAACGUGAGUCGAUAUGGGGACUGCAGGAUGGAGUUUCUGAACAUUCACAACAUUCACAAGGUGAGGAGUUCGUUCGGUGCGCUGUGUCGAGUGUUGUUGCUGAGCGCCAGCGGCUCGCCGGCGUCGGCGGCGGUGAAGUCCUCGCAGUGGCUGGUGCACGUGAAGUCGAUAUUGAGCGGCGCGUUGGCGAUAGCGAGUCGGCUGGAAGAGGGGUCUUCGGUGUUGGUGCACUGCAGCGACGGGUGGGAUAGGACGUCUCAGCUGGUCUCUUUGGUGGAGCUGAUACUGGAUCCGUAUUUCAGGACGAUAAAGGGGUUUUGCUGCCUUGUACAGAAGGAGUGGCUGUCCUUUGGACACAGAUUUGCGCUGAGGUUCGGAAUAGGGCAGAUGGAGAGCCAAACGGACGAGAGUUCUCCGGUGUUCAUCCAGUGGCUCGACGCGGUGUAUCAGUGCAUGCGGCAGUGUCCCGAGUCGUUCGAGUUCACGCCGGAGUUCUUGGUGUGGCUGCUGGACGCGGCUCAGAGCGGGCGAUACGGAACGUUUUUGUUCGACAGCGAGAAGCAGAGGGAGGAGAAGGGGGGAAGUCUGCCGUGCGUGUGGGCGUACUUGGCGGAAUUGGAGCAGGAGUGGCAGUCGCAAAGAGAGCGCGGGUCCACUUGGAGCGGCUGGGUGAAUCCGAACUACACCGUCAAGGACGGGGGAGUGACGGGGAAACUGUCGGCGAGCAGACUGCGACUGUGGGAAUCGUACUUCUACAGGUACCGCGACAGGGCGGCGCCGAGUGGCGACGGGGGGACGUCAGAGGAGCGGGCGAGGAAGGGCGGGGCCGCCAGCUUGGACUGCGAGGACCUGACGAGAGAGGACGAGAAAGUUUUGGCCGAGACGAGCGAGGAAUCAUUGUGUUCGGAAUUGGUGACGAACCGUCGCGUGAAUUCGGAGCUCUUUUCGCGUCAGCCGGACUUGGUCUGGUUGCAGGGUUCAGAGCGUCGCCUGUGCGCGGACAUGAACGAGAAGAGCAUUUGGAAGUGCAUGUGCUUGGCGGCGAUGAAGCCCGACGCGGUCGCGCUUCGGGAGGAUUUGGGCGUGGUGUCUCAGCUGAUCGAGUCCGAGGUGGACGAGUGCGAGAUUCAUUUGUUGAUUCGAAACGGGCGGAUUGCGCGCUGUUUGGUCGACAGGGAGGCGACUUCGCGACCGCCCGAGCCCGUCGGCGAAACGUCCGACCGUUCCAUCACGUUUGGAUCCGAAAAGGCGGAGGAAGACUGCUACGAGUGCCGAAUCAGCGUGAGGACCAGGAAGUCUGCUUCGAGAGACGGCGGGAGGAGGGCCGGUGUCGUGAAGACCACCGUGGUGAAAGUGAUUGGAUCUAGAUGGUGGGAGACGUUCUGGGAAUGGGGCACCACGUGGGGUUCUUACAUCCGAGAUACGGCAUCUGCAGCCGUCGUUUAUGCGACCAGAAAGUGACAAGUGUGUGAAAAACGCACUGUUUGUAUAUAAAUAUUUAUAACACAGGGAUUUAUCAAAAAAAAAAAAAAGUA